AUGAUGAUGACGAUGAUGAUGAUAAUAGUAACUAUGAUUAAGAUGAUAAAAAUGUGCGAUGAUGAAAAUGAUGAUGAUAAUGAUGAUGGUAAUGAUGAUAAUGAUAAUGAUAAUGAUAAUGAUAAGGACGAUGAUGUUAUGCAUGUCAAAAUGUUUGAUUUUCCUUAA